GUCGGUACAGCAGGUACACGCGACUUGCGACGAUACCCGUGUCUUGAGCAUCUUGACUUCGUCGCCCGCCAUUGACCUUGGCUUUUGGACUAGACCGACGACAAAAUGGAUGACCUCUACGAUGAGUUCGGAAACUUCAUUGGGGAGGAGGUUGAGUCUGAGGAAGCGUCCGAGGCUGGAGAAGAGGCGGGCGACUAUACAUACGACGAUGAGCACGAGGGGGCGCCCAGUGUCACUGGACAAGAGCUGAUGGAGCUCGAUGAUGGACCUUCGAAUGCCGUCAUUCUCCAUGAGGACAAGCAAUACUACCCCACCGCUGAGCAGGUGUACGGCGCCGACGUCGAGACGCGAGUAGAAGAGGAAGAUGCGCAGCCUCUAACGGAGCCCAUCAUUGCGCCGGUCGAGCAGAAGAAGUUCAACAUCGAGGAGGUCGACCUGCCUCCCGUCUACUUCGAUCGCGAGUUCAUGGCCGAUUUGAUGAACUUCCCCGAGCAAACAAGGAACAUUGCGCUGGCCGGCCACCUGCACCAUGGAAAGACGGCGUUCAUGGACAUGCUUGUCCUAGAGACUCAUGACAUCACCGACAGGCUUGAGCGGAGAGUCGGCAAGAAGCGUGAUGAGGCCCUACGAUACACCGACGUCCACAUGUUGGAGCGAGAGCGGGGAAUCUCCAUCAAGGCUGCGCCCAUGAGUCUUGUUCUCCAAAGUACCAAGGGAAAGUCGCACCUCUUCAACAUUAUUGAUACCCCUGGCCACGUCAAUUUUGUUGAUGAGGUGGCAGCGGCCUCUAGACUAGUGGACGGCGUGUGUCUGGUCGUGGAUGUGGUUGAGGGUGUCCAGGUCAAUACUGAGCAGAUCAUCAAGCACGCUGUUCUAGAAGAUAUUCCCCUGACUCUCAUCAUCAACAAGGUAGAUCGAUUGAUCCUGGAGCUGAAGCUACCUCCCAAGGACGCCUACUUCAAGCUCAAGCAUGUUGUAGAAGAGGUCAACACAGUCAUUGCCAACACCAUCCCGACCAAAGCAGCCUCACGGCGACUAAGUCCUGAGAAGGGCAACGUUCUAUUCGCCUGCACAGACAUGGGAUGGUGCUUCACGCUGCCCUCCUUUGCCAAGAUGUACACAGACACCUUUGGCGACAUCAACGCAGAAGAGUUUGCCAAGCGACUAUGGGGAGAUGUUUACUAUAACCCAAAGAAGCGAAACUUCACCCGCAAACCGGCAGAAGACAGAUCUGCUAGAUCCUUUGUCCACUUCGUUCUCGAACCCAUCUACAAAAUCUUCACCCACUCCAUCAGCGAUAGCCCCGAGCAGCUGAAACUAGUCUUGGCUUCCCUUGGCAUUGAGCUGAAGCCGUCACAAUACAAGGCAGAUGCAAAUGUCAUCCUCAAGCUGGUAUGCGAGCAGUUCUUCGGUCCUUCAUCGGGCUUCGUCGACAUGGUUGUAAAGCACAUCCCCUCGCCCACAGAGGGCGCACAACGGUUACUGGAGCGAUACUACACCGGUCCUCUGGAUGCAAAGGUUGCGGAGUCAAUGAAGACGUGCAACCAAGACGGCCCCUUGGUAGUCCACGUCACAAAGCUCUUCAACACCUCCGACGCAAAGGGCUUCUACUCGUUUGGUCGUGUUCUGAGUGGUACAGCCCAACCUGGUGCUGCGGUGAGAGUUCUCGGCGAAGGCUAUUCCCUCGACGAUGAAGAAGAUAUGACAAUGGCCUCCAUUGCCGAAGUUUUCAUUGCAGAGACAAGAUACAACAUUCCCACGGACGGUGUCCCGGCAGGCAACUUGGUACUGCUGGGCGGCGUAGACAACUCAAUUGUAAAAUCUGCGACAAUCGUCCCUCCUAAACUGGAGGAUGAUGAAGAUGCCUUCAUCUUUAGGCCUGUCACUCACUUUACUGAAUCUGUUCUCAAAGUGGCCGUCGAGCCCAUCAACCCUUCUGAGCUCCCCAAGAUGCUUGACGGACUACGCAAAGUCCAAAAGUCAUACCCCCUCAUCAACACAAAAGUCGAAGAAUCUGGCGAGCACAUCAUCCUGGGAACCGGAGAGCUCUACAUGGACUGCGUUCUGCACGACCUGCGGCGAUUAUAUGCCGACAUGGAUAUCAAGGUAUCAGAUCCGGUAACAAGAUUCUGUGAGACUGUGGUGGAGACUUCGGCGACAAAAUGCUACGCCAUCACGCCGAACAAGAAGAACAAAAUCACCAUGGUGGCGGAGCAGCUAGAGAAGGGCAUAUCUACGGAUAUCGAGACGGGUGCUGUCAGGAUACGGGAUCCAGUUCGAAAAACGGCCAAGUUCUUUGAAGAAAACCACGGCUGGGACAAGCUGGCGGCCAGAAGUAUCUGGGCAUUUGGCCCUGACGAGAUGGGGCCAAAUAUCCUCCAGGACGACACCCUGCCUACUGAGGUCGACAAGAAGCUGCUGAAUACCGUGAAAGAGUCCAUCAGACAGGGUUUCAGCUGGGCCACUCGUGAAGGUCCCCUCUGUGAAGAGCCCAUCCGUAACACCAAAUUCAAGGUCACAGACGUAGUCUUGGCCAACGAGGCCAUUUUCCGUGGUGGUGGUCAAAUCAUUCCCACUUCUCGGAGAGCAUGCUACUCAUCCUUCCUCAUGGCUUCUCCUCGUCUAAUGGAGCCCGUCUACUCCGUGUCAGUCACCGGGCCGGAAGACUCUUACAUGGAGGUCUACAAUGUGCUCGCAAGACGCAGAGGCCACGUCCUAUCCGACGGCCCCGUCGCUGGCACACCCCUCUAUCGCGUAAAUGGCCUCCUCCCCGUCAUCGACAGCUUUGGCUUUGAGACGGAUCUGCGUAUCAAAACACAGGGUGGCUCCAUGGUCAGCCUGGUGUUUGACAGCUGGAGCAUCGUGCCCGGCGAUCCGCUUGACAGAGACCAAGUCACAAGACCCCUUCAACCUGCUUCUGCGCAGGCCACGGCCAGAGACUUUGUGCUCAAGACGAGGAGGCGCAAGGGCCUCAGCGAGGAUGUCAGCGUCAAGACGUUCUUGGAGCCAGAAUUCUACCAGAGCCUGAUGGAGAGCGGGAUGCUCGGGGAUGCGUAGAGUCUUCAACGAUGAUGAGAAUCUACGCCGUAUCACGAAAUGUGACUUGGUUCACGCUGUGCUAUUUAUGCUGCCAUAUCCGCUAUAUAAUUUAAGGAAGGGUAAAAAGUGUACUGAAGGGGAUAUUAAACCGACUGGAAGCAAAAAGUGGGAGAAAGAGGAUGAAGAAAGGAGGAGAUGGGAAACGCAAGAGCCGUCAACGAGUAGCAAGUUGAAUACGUUGGUAUAUAUGACGGCCAAGGCGCAGAUGUUAGAUUUUGAUUUUUUUUCACAUCUACCUUAAUGAAGAUAAAGAUUAUUAGAUGAUUAUCGUGAUAA